AUGGGCGGCUGUGGCGGCCGCAGUGCGAAGAGCCAGGAGUGUUUCAAUCCGCUGCAGCUGCACCUUGGCCCUCUCCAGCUCAGCAACGAAGGCUUUGAGCUCCAGCCGAAGCUCAACGUGGGCAUCAAAGGGAAAGGCCUUACAGCGAUGGCGGGUGUGCGUGACAUCCGCGACGGCCUGAUUUUGGAUGGCAUGGCAAUGGUCACCAAGCACUACAUGGGACAGGGGCGCACCAUCGCUGAAGUGUUGCGAAAUGUCAAAGCACAGAACCCGCUGCCCGUCAUCGACGACAUCGUGGCAGCCAUUCCACAUGUGGCAGCAGAAAUCGUGCAGCUUAUCGGCGCCGAUGUGACGAGCGACAUCGUCGAGUCUGUGCGGGGCACCCUCUAUGUCUACACCGGCGUGGGGGUGUCUGCCGGCGUCUUCCUUGGCUGGCUGGACACCGACGGCUAUGCCAUGAUGGGAGCGCUAGGCCAAGCUAGCCUUCUGAAGAGCGUCGCCCUGAGCUUUCGCGUGGGCAUUGCUGAUGCUUGGCUUACUUCGACUGAAACAAGGACGUCCGGAGGUGGGAUACACCAGUACGUGACGAAGAUGACAAGGGAGUUCCUGUUUGCAGCAAGGCGCAACCGGAAUGAGUACUGGUUUUCGUUUGGUGCAGCUCUGAGUGCUUGCGAGCGGGGCUCGCAGUGGCUUCUGGCGCUGCUCCUGCUGCAGGACAUGGACGACCGGGGCGUGCAGCGUGAUGUCAUCAGCUGUAGCGCAGCCAUUAGUGCAUGCGAGAAGUCAGCAGCCUGGCAGUCAGCGGUGGCACUUGUGGAAACGAUGACGACUUCCCAGAUCCGCUGUGACGUCGUGUGCCUGGGCGCAGCCGUGGCUGCUUUAGCCGCUGGCUCUGAGUGGAGCAGGGCUCUACACAUGGCCAGGGAAAUGGAGGUAGCCUCCGUGUCCCUGAAUGUGGUAGCAUACGGCUCUGCGCUGAAGGCCUGUGAGAUGUCCAGGAGCUGGGAGCAGGCCCUGGCGAUCCUGCAAGAAAUGGAAGACCGACAGGUGCAUCCCAACGUGAUCUGUUUCAACUCGACGAUCAGCGCGUGCGAAAAGUCGGCGUGCUGGGAGUGGGCUUUGGAGGUCCUCUGGCAAAUGCGGCUGCGCCGUCUGCCAGCUGACGUCAUCAGCUACAGCGCCGCAAGCAGUGCCUGCGAGAAAUGUGCCCAGUGGCAAUGGUCCCUUCACUUGCUGGACGACAUGAUGCUAUGCCGCGUCGAUCCCGACAACUACACCUAUGCAUCUUCCAUUUCGGCUUGCCAGAAAGCUUCGGAAUGGCUUGUCGCACUGAGUCUACCGAGACAGGACACUAUCGCGGUGGCCGCUGCCAUCUCUGCUUGCGAGAAGGGUCAGAAGAGGAGGUCAGAUACUGCUUGGCGGAGUGCUUCUGCGCUGCUAGCUGAGCUCGCGCCGAAGAGGCUCCAGAGGGAUGCCAUCUGCAGCAACGCCAUACUGAGUGCAUUCGAGAAGGCGCAGAAGUGGAUUCAAGCCUUGGCUCUUCUCCACACGCGGCGGGCGCCAGGUGACAUUGGGCUUAUCGGCUUCUCCAGUGCUUUGGGGGCCUGCGCCUCCGCAGAUCAACGCGACGCCGCCUGCCGGCUACGGCAAGUGAUGACGAAGGAGGGACUGCGCCCGACGGCGAGCAGCCUCACCGUGAUGGUCUCCGCUUUGUCCGGCAGCGAAGCACUGGGACACCGGGUGGAGAUCCCGAAGCUGCUGUCGGAUGCACGGAAUGCCGUGCUGGAUCUUCGUAAGCUGCCAGCUGGUGUCUUUCAAUCCCUGAAGAAGGGCCCAUGA